GGGGGUGGCGCUUGGCAUGCUGGGGGCAGAGAUGGGGAACAACCGAGGUGCCCGACUGAGGCCCCGCACAGCCUGGCAGUGGUGGGGCACUUGCAGGGAUGAUAUGGCAAAAGCCAGGGGCCCAAAAGUGCAGGUAGUGUGCCAUCUGGGCCAGAGCACAGGUAGAGCAGGCGCUCUUCUGGAAGGGUCUUGGGCCUUGGCACUGGGCCAGGAGGGAGACUGACUUCCUGGUAGGUACCCAGGAGUGGACGUGCGUCAGUGUUGGGCUUUCCUGUGGAGUUAAGCACAGUUGGAGGCACCACCUCUCCCCACCAGUGGCAUCCGAGAGUUCUGGUUGCUCUGCAUCCUCGCCAACACUUGGUGGUGUCAGUCUCUUCAGUUUAGCCAUUGUGAUGCGUGGGAGGUGGUACCUCGUUGUAGUUUUAACUUGUAUUCUUUGGUGGAGGAUGCUGUCGAUUAUGCUUUCUUCAGGUGCGUGGGCCAUUUGUAUAUCUUCUCAGAAGUGUCUGUGCAAGGCUUUUGCCCAUUCAUUAUUGUCUAUCUUUUUCUUAGUGAGUUUUGGGAGUUCCAUAUAUAUUCUGGUACAAGUCCUUUGUGGGGUGUGUUGUGAAUAUUUUCUCUUAUAGUCUGUGGCUUGCCGUUUCAUUUUAAUUAAUAGUGUCUUUUGAAGAGCAUAAGUUUUUAAUUUUGGUGAGGUCCAAUUUAUUGAAUUUUUGAGUUCAUGCUCUUUGUAUUCCGUUGAAGAAAUCUUUGUGAAACCUGAGGCCAUGAAGAUUUUCUCCUAUGUUGUCUUUCUUCUUUUUAACUUUUUAGAAAAUUUUAAUUUAUUUUUUUGGCUGUGUUGGGUCUUUGUUGCUGCACGCGGGCUUUUCUCUAGUUGCGGCGAGCAGGGGCUACUCUUCAUUGUGGUGCACAGGCUUCUCUUGUUGCGGAGCACAGGCUCUAGGCGCGUGGGCUUCAGUAGUUGUGGCACGUAGGCUAAUAGUUGUGGCUUGCGGGCUUAGUUGCUCCGCGGCAUGUGGGAUCUUCCCAGACCAGGGCUCGAACCCGUGUCCUCUGCACUGGCAGGUGGAUUCCUAACCACUGCGCCACCAGGGAAGCCCCUCUAUCUAUUUUUUUAAUAGGGUUGUUUCUUUGCUAUUGAGUUGUAUGAGUUCUCUGUGCAUUUCGGAUAUUAACCCCUUAUCAGAUAUAUGAUUUGCAGUAUCUUUUCCCAUUUAAUAGGCUGCCUUUCAUUUUGUUGCUGGUUCCCUCUGCUGUGCAGAAACUGCUCAGGUGAUGCAGUUCCUCUUGUUUCUUUUUGCUUCUAUUGUUUUUGGUGUCAGAUUUCAAAAAAUCAUCACUAAGACUGAUGUCAAGGAGCUUAUUACUACUUAUAUUUUCUUCUAGGAGCUUUAUGGUUCCUGGUCUUACGUUCAAGUGUUUAAUCCAUUUUGGGUUAAUUUUGGUGUAUGGUGUAGAUAGUGGUCCAGUUUCAUUCUUUUGCCUGUGGCUGUCCAGUAUUCCCAGCACCCUUCUAUGUUGUCUUAUAGAAGUUUAUAGGUUUAGCUCUUAUGGCAGGUCUGUGAUCCUUUUGUGUUCAUCUCCACAUAUGCCGUGAGGUCAGGGUGAGGCUCACUGUUCUGCACACAGCUAUUCACGCCUUCCACCACUACUUACUGAAAAGAUUAUCCUGUCCUCGCCGAAUUGCCUGCAACCUGGAAAAUCAGUUGAUGACCUAUUUUAAAGAUAAACAGAGGCCUUGCUCUUAACUCAAAUUUUAGGGGACUUGGAGGGGCUCCUACUGCUGUUGCUGGCUGGGCAGUGAUGCCUUUGAAACCCAGAAUGAGGUCCCUUAGAGCUCAGUCUCUUUCUGUGAGAGCACUGUGCUCCUCCCUGAUGGAGAGCUGAACUUACUCCCCAAAGCGCUGAGGUCAGGCUUCCUGCCCACGAGGGUUCUUUACUGUAGAGGAAGGGCAGGUGCACAGUCUGUCUGGAGCGUUUAGAAUGUGUGUCCUUCGUCUGCACAGUUCUGUGUGUGUGCAUUUGCUGUAGAGAAGUGAUCAUGUGCACAAGCCUUGUGUACAUGGAUGCUGUGUUGUCUGAAGGCCUUGGUGGCCACUGGGCCCCCGACUGGACAUACUGUGGCUCCCUAGGCCGUCCAGGCCAGGUUUUUGAGGAGCAUAUAAUGAUAUGAAAGUGCACGUGACGUAAAGGAAAGUGACAGCGAAAGAACGCUUCCAGGGCGUGAUUCCACUAUGUGAUUUCAAAAAACCCCACCUAACAGAAAACUUCCCAUCCUAACCACUUUUUUUUUUUUUUUGGAUAUGUUAGGUCUUCGUUGCUGUGUGCAGGCUUCUCAUUGCAGUGGCUUCUCUUGUUGCGGAGCACAGGCUAUAGGUGCUCAGGCUUCAGUAGUUGUGGCACGUGGGCUCAGUAGUUGUGGCGCACGGGCUUAGUUGCUCCAUGGCAUGUGGGAUCUUCCCGGACCAGGGCUCUAACCUGUGUCCUCUGCACUGGCAAGCGGAUUCCUAACCACUGCACCACCAGGGAAGUCCUCUAACCACUUUUUUUUUUUUUUUUUUUUUUUUUUGUCGUACGCGGGCCUGUCACUGUUGUGGCCUCUCCGGUUGCGGAGCACAGGCUCCGGACACUCAGGCUCAGCGGCCAUGGCUCACGGGCCCAGCCGCUCCGCGGCAUGUGGGAUCUUCCCGGACCAGGGCACGAACCCGUGUCCCCUGCAUCGGCAGGCGGACUCUCAACCACUGCGCCACCAGGGAAGCCCCCCUAACCACUUUUAAGUGUACCAUUUCGUUAGCCCUAAGUACAUUCACAGUGUUACGCAACCAUCAUCACUCUUUCCGAAACUUUCUCAUCGCCUUAAACAGAAACUCUGGAGCUAUUAAGCAAUAGCUCCCAUGUCCCCUUUGCCCAGGCCUCUGGUAACCUCUGUUCUACUUUCUCUUCCUGGUUUUGCCUGUUCUGGAUCUUUCAUAUAAGUGAUCAUACAACAUGUGAUCUUUAUGACUGGCUUCUUUGGGCAUCAUGUCCUCAAGGUUCACUCAUGCUGUAGCAGCGUCAGGAUCUCAUUCCUCUCCAUGCCGAGUAGAAUUCCACUGCAUGGAUGGACCCCAUUGCCUUUACCUGUUCAUCCGUUGAUGGACGGCUGGGUUGUUGCCGCCUUCCGGUUGUUGUGAACAGUUCUCCGUGGACAUGGGUGUGCAGGAGCCUGAGUCCCCGCUUUCAGUCCCCUUUGGGUGUACACCUGGCUGUGGAACUGUGGGUCACGUGGUAACUCUGUUUGGCUUUCGGAGGAGCCACCAGACUUUUCCACAGGGGCUGCCCCAUUUUCCGUUCCCGCCUGGCUGAGGCUCCUGACUGUCGGUGGAAGGCCAGCGAGGACAAGGUGAAGCAGCUGGUGACGGAGAUCGGCUGGGAGAUCCAGCAGCUCAGCAUGGCCGGCUGCUACUGGCUGUCGGGCAGCACGGUGGAGCACGUGGCCCGCUGCCGCGGCCUGGUGAAGGUGAACCUCUCGGGCUGCCACCUGACCUCCCUGCGCCUCUCCAAGGUUCUGUCGGCCCUGCAGCGCCUGCGCUCCCUGGCCAUUGACGUGAGCCCCGGCUUCGACGCCAGCCAGCUGAGCGGUGAGUGCAAGGCCACGCUGAGCCGUGUGCGGGAGCUCAAGCAGACGCUGUACACGCCCUCGUACGGCGUGGUGCCCUGCUGUACCAGCCUCGAGAAGCUGCUGCUGUACUUCGAGAUCCUGGACCGCACGCGCGAGGGCGCCGUGCUCUCGGGCCAGCUCAUGGUGGGCCAGAGCAACGUGCCGCGCUAUCAGCACCUGCGUGUCUUCUACGCCCGCCUGGCCCCCGGCUACAUCAACCAGGAGGUGGUGCGCCUUUACCUGGCUGUGCUCAGCGACCGCACGCCCGAGAACCUGCACGCCUUCCUCAUCUCCGUGCCCGGCAGCUUUGCUGAGAGCGGGGCCACCAAGAACCUCCUGGAGUCCAUGGCCCGCAACGUGGCGCUGGACGCGCUGCAGCUGCCCAAGUCCUGGCUCAACGGCUCGGCCCUCCUCCAGCACAUGAAGUUCAGCAGCCCCUUCUACUUCAGCUUCAGCCGCUGUGCCCUGUCCGGCGGCCACCUGAUCCGGCGCGUCAUCGACGGCGGCAGGGACCUCCGGAGCCUGGCUGGCCUGAACCUCAGCGGCUGUGCGCACUGCCUGGCGCCCGACUCCCUGCUGCGCAAGGCAGAGGACGACAUCGAUAGUGGCAUCCUGGAGACGCUGGUGGCAGCCUGCGGCAACCUGCGACACCUCAACCUCUCGGCUGCCCACCACCACAGCCCCGAGGGCCCCGGCCGGCACCUGUGCCAGCUGCUGGCACGGCUCUGCCACCUGCGCUCCCUGUCGCUGCCCGUCUGCGCCGUCGCUGACUCGGCGCCACGGGCCGACCGCGCGCCCGUCCAGCCUGCCACGCACGCUGUGCCCCGCGGCUUCGGCAAGAAGGUCCGCAUCGGCGUGCCGUCCGGCCCCGACCCUUUCUCCGGGCAGGCGGGCCCCCUGCCGUCCUCUGUGUUCUGGUCGCUGCUGAAGAGCGUGCCCUUCCUGGACCGCCUCGAGCUGAUUGGGUCCAACUUCUCGUCUGCCAUGCCGCGCAACGAGCCCGCCAUCCGCAACUCGCUCCCCCCCUGCGGCCGGGCACAGAGCGUGGGGGACUCGGAGGUGGCCGCCAUCGGCCAGCUGGCCUUCCUGAGGCACCUGACGCUGGCCCAGCUGCCCAGCAUCCUGACAGGCUCCGGGCUGGUCAGCAUCGGCGUCCAGUGCCAGCAGCUCCAGUCCCUGUCCCUGGCCCACCUGGGCACGAUGGGCAAGGUGGCCUACACUUCGGCCCUCGCGGACAUGCUGAAGCACUGCAAGCGGCUGAAGGACCUCAGGCUGGAGCAGCCCUACUUCAGCGCCAACGCCCAGUUCUUCCAGGCGCUGAGCCAGUGCUCUGCGUUGCAGCGCCUGUGCCUGGUGUCCCGCAGUGGCACCCUACAGCCCGAGGCCGUGCUGGCCUUCAUGGCGCGCUGUCUGCAUGUGGUCGUGUGCCACCUGUUCACCGGCGAGUCGCUCAGCACCUGCCGGAGCCUGCAGCAGUCCCUCCUCCGCAGUUUCCAGGCCGAGCGGCCCGCGCUGAACGUCGUCAUCUUCCCUCUGCUCCACGAGGGCCUGACCGAUGUCAUCCGAGACGUUCCCAUGGUGCACCUGGACGAGGUCACCUUAUUUAAAAGCAGAGUGGCUGAGGAGCCGCCAAAUCUGUGGUGGUGACAGGAGUGGGCCCCCACCGGCCCGUCGCCGCCUGUGGCCGCUGCGUCUCCGUGGCUGAGGAAGCAGGACUGCCCCGGUCAGGUGUGUGGCUUCCGGCCUUGCCACGGCCGCCGCGGCUGCUCCCCUGCCCGAGGACGCCGGAUGCCCGGUGGGUCACCGGAGGAAGGAAGCCCCCUCCCCAGCCCUUAGGGGCCUCCUCUUGUGAGGAGUCUGUGCUCAGUGACGCUCUGGCUGAGAUGCGUGAGGCAGCGGCGGCAGGGUCGGUUGUCGGGCGACCUGCGGGCCUGGCCGGCGUGGUCUUGGGCUGAGACACCCAUCGCCAGGACGCUGACUCCUUGGGGGCCAGGUCCCCAGAGCACCACGUGGCCCCACGGCCGUCCCCCAGCCCCCAGGAGAGGCCCUGUGCUCCUGGUCACCUGCCUCGGGCUCUGGUGGGCGGCUGGGAGCCCGAGGCGGGGGGGGCUUGCAGGUGCUGUGGCGGAUUUGGGCUCUCCCCUCCUUCCAGUUAACCCAUUUACACCUCUGGUGUGCGUCCAGCCACGUGACGUCAGACAGGUUCGGGCCAGCAGCGGGCUGCUGGGCAGGGAAGCUGCAGGUCCCUGUGAAGGUCUCUGUUUCUGGGGAAACACGGAUAGACCUGCUUCAUUAGAAAACCUUGAAAUAUUAAAACCCAGAAGGGAUGUGUGGGGCUGGAGGAGUGAUCACAUUACCCCGUUUCAGACAGCUUUAUUUAGCACUUUAAAAAAAUGCAACGCAGCUAUUCCCAAAACGAGGGACGUCCUCCCAGUGUCCUGGGCCUCCCGCCACGUGCCGCCCACUGCUUCUGCCUUGUCAGCCGCGAGACUCCCCCAGAGCCGUCAUCCCUGCGGCUGGUGGGCUUCUGAGGGGCCCCAGUUGGGUUCCCUGCACCCAGCGUCUUGCCCCAACGCUCCCGGUGACGCUCCUGGAGACUUCCAGGGAAGGCUGAGUGGCGUCGGGGCGGCUUCCAGCCGGGGGUACCUGGGUCUCCGCAGAGGUUGCCUCCCCAGGACCCCAGGGACUGGUCCCAUCUUGCCCCGGCCUCCCUCUCCCUCUGGGCUGGGGGUGCAGGUUCCCCAGGCCCUCCUCACCGCUGCGGCCCGUCUCGGCUGCCGUCCACUCUGUGGCCCCCAGCCCAGCCCGCUUCCCACUCUGUUCCAUGUGAUGGUCGCCUCGUGUCGUAUAGUGUGUCCUAUAGUUUGCCUGUUGCAGGGCCCGGUACCUGGACCCUGGGCCUGUGUUCGCCUGCCCUUCCCUGGGUUCUCAAGGGGCAGACAGUUCAGCAGUCCCCGCCCUGCCAGGCCGAGGGGGUCCAGGAGGCCUUCCGAUGGUGGAAGUGCUUGGAGGGCCAGGGUCUCGGGACGCACACAGGCCCCCGAGUGCUCCAGUCGAUUCUCCCUAAGCGCAGUCUGUCUGGCGGCCUCCACCCGUCCCCGCGGCCCCGGCCCUGCUCUCACCUCCCCGCAGCACCGGGUGGAGCUGGGUCUCCUCCCCCUGCGCUGUGGUUUUCUUGCCGAGGGUGCAGUUGUCUCCUCUCUGGAGCAUGGGGUGCCCUCCUCCCUCCCUCCCCAGCUUCCGCUGGCGGCUCUUCGCCUCCUGCCCAGA